AUGGCGAAAGCGCGUCGCGAUUGUUGCGGGCCUCUGACGUGGGAGCCGCUGGGUCUGCUCUUUGGGAUCGGCCUUCUCCUCGUCGCCGCCACCUUCUUCUUCUUGAAAGGCUUCUUUCUCUCCAGAAUCGAGCUCGGAGUGUUUUCUUCUUCCGAGCUGCCUUUUCCCCCUCUCUUCCUCCACCUCCACCCCUACGAUGAUGCGCUCCGCGCCGGAGACAGAGACGCGCGCCCGCCGCGCCGAGACGAGGAGACAGCCGACGCCUCUCCGUCGUGUCCUUUGUCUCCCUCGCCUGCGUGUUCGAACGCCCCGCCUCGCGCGGCAUCUUCUGCGACGUCUGCGCACUCUUGGGUGUCUGUCUAUCCGUACGAACAGCUGCUCCUUCUCCUCGUGGACGCCCUGCGCUUCGACUUCGCCUGGUGGGAACCGGGGAAACGGCCCGCAGCGUUGCCUCCGAAUUUACUGUCUCCGCGCUUCUCCCUCACUCCCCCCCACGGGGGAGCGCCUGCGGGCGCCGCGGCGGCCUCAACGGCGGCCUCAACGGCGCCUUCUGUAGCCUCGGCUCCGCCCGCCUCUCCUGGUUCUUCCACUGACGUCGCGUGUUCGCCGAAGAAGCCGGCUUGGACGCAGCCGAGGGACUUGCGCUUCUUUUCGCAGUUUUUCGGAGACGCGAAGAAAAACGGAGAGGAUGAAGGAACCGGAGACAGCGAGACAGGCGAGGAUGCCCCCCCCCACCACAACCACAUGCCCUCUCUUCACUUCCUUCUCGCCCACGACCGCCAUCUUGUCGCCGAGUCUCCCUUCUCCUCUCGGCUCUUCGUCUUCGAGGCCGACGCCCCAACGGCCACCACGCAAAGGCUGAAAGCUCUGGGGUCCGGAACCUUGCCCACGUUCUUCGAGGUCCGCGAAUCCUUUGCGUCGUCCCGAAUGACGGAAGACAGUUUGUUGCUCCAACUGCGCAACAGUGGCAGGGCGUCGGUUGCGCUCGGGGACGACACGUGGGAAAGCCUGUUUGGGCAUUUACUCACCGCGACGCACUGCUCGCCGUCCUUCGACAUCCACGACAUCCACACAGUCGACGACGGCGUGCUGCGGUCUCUGGGGCAGUUCCUCCCCACUGCGAGAGAAGCCGAGCUCUUCGACUGUUUCUCUGGCGAUGCCGAUGUGCUCGGGGCUUCGUCUCGUGUGCCAGCCUUCCGCUUUCUGUUCGCAGUUUCACUCCAAGGACACUUCCUCGGCGUCGAUCACGUGGGGCACAAGGCUGACAUUCGGAGUCCUCUGAUGGGCGCCAAGUUGAGGCAGAUGGAUCGUGCCGUUCUCAAUGUCGCGGCCCACCUUCUUGAGGAAGCUGGCAAAGAGAGGGCCUCACGGAGCGCGAAUCAGACGCGUGCCUCGGCCUGCGCUUCCCCCGCUUCCGCCGAGCGUUGUCGGGCGUCCUCGGAAGCCGCCCCGACAUCCGUUAUGCGGACCCUCUUGAUGGUUAUGGGAGACCACGGAAUGACUGAUGAUGGCGCGCACGGAGGAUCCAUGAGUGAGGAAGUCGACGCAGCUCUCUUUGUCUUUUCGAUGCUUCCCUUCUCCUUCACCUCCUCCGAGGUGGCCAACCUCGCGUCGCCUCUCCCUCUUUUCCCGACGCCUCUUCCUCCUUAUAUUCGGCACCACUCCGGGCUCGCCUUUCUCGCCUCGGCCUCGGGUUCCUCUUCCGCGUCGGCGUCUCCUCUGUAUCGCCCGCGACGCAUUCGCCAGGUCGACUGGACAUCCACUGCGGCUCUUCUCCUGGGUGUCCCUAUUCCCUUCUCUGCGGUAGGCUCUCUAAUCCCCGACAUUGUCCCGUCUCUCUCGUCCUUCGUCCCCUCCUGCGCCGUCCUUUCUUCCUCAGGCGCUUCUCCUUCGUCUUUUGACGCCUCGCUCGCGUUCCGCUGCAGCGAUCUGCUGUACGUGGCGCAGCUCCAGCACAUUGUGGCGUGGCACCAGCGUCGGUCGAUCGAUGCCUAUGCGCGGAUGGCCAAGUGCACAGCCGUGGUUGAUCACCACACCGUGCGCCAGUCGUGGGAGCGCGUUUCUGGGCUUCUCCAACGUCUCCAGAGUCUUCUCGCGCGUCUCCCCCUUGCGUUCAAACGUCGCCUGACCAUGCAGACAGACCGCUUCGACGCAGACGAAGGAGAAGGACGCGCAGGAAACGGCAAACAAGUCACUGAGGAGCCCAGGCCCUCCGGCCAGCGACGGGCAAACGCGACGGACAAGCCAGAUCGUCUUUCAUCCUCACAGGCCGCUUCUCCUUCCGCUUCGUCUCCUUCCGCUUCGUCUCCUUCCCCUUCGUCUCCUUCUUCGUCUUCUUCUUUUUCUGGGGACUCCCUCGUUGCUGAGAUCUUCUCUGGGGCUUCGGACUACGCGGUUGCGUGCGCCGAGUUUUCGCGUGCUGUCUUCGACGCGAGCAAACUGCAGUUUUCGACUACCCACGACUCCUCGAUCUUCGCGGGCGUCUUGCUGGGCCUUGCAACCGUCCUCGUUCUCCGGUCGCUUCUCCGUCUGCACGAAAAUCGAGAGCCGACCGCGCAGCACGCGGGCAGCGGCGCCCAAGCGGCUUCCGGACCAACGACCGGCGCGAGUGUGUCCCGAGUGCACUCGGAGCAGCUGACGAACGAAGCGAGGAGAGAGGACCCGACAGGGCGCCAGCAGGCGACGCUGACAACAAAGAGGCGAGGCGGACGAGAAGCAGCCACGUGCGAAGAAGCCAGGGAGAUGUUGCCUUCGGCGAACGCGCCGGAGCCUUCCGACGGCGGUUUCGAGACGCCUUCCCCGGUUCCCUGGCCGGCGCUUCGGCAGGCGAGAUACCGGCGGGCCGUGUAUUGUUCGCUCUUCUGCUGGUGGCGAAGCGUCACCAACUUUUACGGAACGUUCGUUGUCGGGUCUCUCCUUACUGCCUUCCUCUUCAGUGACUGCUUCAGCAUGCGCGAGCAUGCAGCUGUCCGGUUCCUGCUGUCUCUCGCCGUGGCGGCUGUGGGCCUUAGCCUCUUUCUCGCGUCGCGGGUGGCGGACGCCUGCCUGGCGAUCGACGCGCGGGUUCGCAGAGGCGGAAAGAGCGGCCAGGACGAGCCGAACGGGACGGGAAGCCUGUGGGGCCGGGCGCGGAAGGGCGACGCCGACGAACCAGCGAGGGAGCGGAGGCUAGACCAGGCGGCCGCGAGGCGGGAGAGCCUGAGGGGCGAGAAGGUGGAACCCGAUCCAUCCAGACGGCAGAGGCAGCACCUCCGCGCAAACAUGCUCAAGGUUCCGCUUUUGCUGGCGCUUCUGCGAAUCGACGGCUUCUUCGAUCCUGUCGAAGCGCUGCCGGGAAGCCAGCCUGAACCAGUUGUCGUCGACUCUGCGCUGCUCUCGUCCUUCCUCGUUUUCGUCUCUCUCCACUUGCUCGCGUCUCCGCUCCUCGAAUCCAGUCCUUCCUCUUCCUCGUCUUCUCGUCGGUGUGUGUCUUCUCCAACCUCGUUUCGUGGUCGGGUCGCGGCUGCGACGGGCGCCAGCAAGCUGUCCUCGAGAUCGUCCGUCGUUCAGUGGAGUAUGAAGGUUCAAUUCCUCGCGCUCUCUCUGUACGUCGUCUCGCAAGUGCUGGCUAGCUCUUCGUUUUCGGCUCUGCCUUCGCCAGCGACCGUCUCUGUCCCCAGCCCUGCCCUCGCCUUCGGCAGCUACUACUUCUCGGAACUGCCGUUCUUUCUGUCUUCUCCUCUGCUCUCCUCGGUUCUGUCGCCAGUCUUCGCGGUUCCUUCCUUCUUCUUCUUCUCUCUCUGUCGGUGCCUGCUCGCGUGGACUCUCACCAGUCUCACUUGGAUUUCACAGAUCGCUCUCGGCUGCGAGGAAGAUGCACUCAGACUCGCCGACUCGUGGACGCGUCUCGUGAGACUGGGACAGUUACUCUUCACCUCCAAGGGCAAUAUCCGUCUCCUCGAACGCCACGUCCCUGCAUCCACGCUUCAGCCCCUCCAGGCUCUCGCCCACCAGCUGGUGUUGCUUCUGCCUCGCCUCAUCUUUUUGCUGUCUGUGCUGACCACCGGGUACGCGCUCGCAACCUCCUCCGUCUUUGCACUUCCGUUCUGGAGCCGAUCGGGGGCCGCCGCGCCCGAGGCUUCCACAAACAGCGACGGAAACUCUGCGGCGAAACCGGAAAGGCGGGAACCGAGACGUGGUCUCGGGAAGGACGCCAGGCAGCCGUGCGCAGGCACCCAGCGAGCUGUAGCCAUCGUCGUGAGGUGUAUGUACACCCUAGUGUGUGGCCUCCUUCCCUCCUUCAUGGUACUUCUGGGAAACGCGAAGAUGUUCCCGCUCUUCCUCGCUCUCGCGGAAACGGCUCUCCUUCUCGACCUUUUCGUCGCGGAGUUCCGACCUGCGUCUCUGCCUCAUGACUCGGCGGAAGUAUCGCACCUGUCUCUUCCUGAGGCGGCUUCGCUUUCGGAUCCCCCGCCGUCCGUUUCUUCCUCGGUCUUCGUGGUGCCUGACGGGCUUCUGUCUGCCGCCAUCGUCCUCCUUGCCUUCCACGUUUUUGCCGUCACAGGCCACCGGAUGACCUUCAAGGAAAUUCCCGUGGAAGCCGCGUUUGUUGGGCUCAGUUCGUUCCAUUCAGUCUUCUCGCUAGUUCUCACCUUCUUUCACGUCUUCUUCCCCUUUCUGCUUCUUCCCCUUGUCUUGUCGCUUCUUCUCGCUCUCCGGGCGCCCGCGGCCAUCGCUGGGCACGCAGGUGGCGACCCUGCGGAGCCUCCAGCCGAUGUUCACUCUCGGCUUCUCCCGGGGACACGUGAAGACCAAGACGACAGCCAAGGCGAGGCGGUUUUGUGUCAACUUCCACAUGGGGCCGACGAAAUGGAAGAAGGGUGUCAAGAACGCGAGUUACAAGAUUUUCUCCGCGUCGUGUCGCGCGUCUCUGUCGGGUCAGCCGUCCCUGUCUGCGUCGGCAAUUGCCGCAGGCUCUUUCGGAGAGUCACCCAAGCAUAG